AUGGCAGCUACAUCGACAGUAAGGUGCAUAUCACGCCUACCACUCCGCUCAUCCUCGACCCCUCUCUCGAGCACGCUCCGUAACGCUGCCACCCGUAAUGCUCGUCUCAGUGAAAAUCAAACAUUUCGAUCCAACACGCGCCGGUCUUAUGCAACCAACGGUCCUUCCAGUUCUUCAAAUACGCGCUUAUAUGUUGGCAUUGGUACGCUGAUUACUGCGGCCGCCGCAACCUACCUAUACCAAAGCGGCCAAUUCUCUCCUGGAAAGCAAGAUGCAAAUACAGGGGCGAAGGGCGUGAAUACAGCGCCGACUUCUCAAUCAAAGGGCCCCAUAGAUCCUAGUGGUACCGCUGGCAAUCCUUCCAAGCACAAUCAAAACGAUUACCAGAAAGUCUACAAUCAUAUUACCAAGCUGCUGGAGGAGAAGGAUGAAUAUGACGAUGGAUCCUACGGGCCCGUACUGGUCAGGCUUGCAUGGCAUUGCUCAGGAACUUACGAUAAAGAGACAGGCACAGGAGGCAGCAAUGGCGCGACAAUGAGGUUUGAUCCAGAAGCCGAUCACGGUGCAAACGCUGGAUUAAAGGCCGCCCGUGACUUUCUCGAGCCCGUCCAUCAAGCAUUUCCCUGGAUCAGCUAUUCCGAUCUCUGGACUUUAGCAGGCGUCGCAGCAAUCCAGGAAAUGCAAGGCCCCACCAUCCCUUGGCGACCAGGACGUGUUGAUAGAACGAUAUCUUUCUGCACGCCUGACGGACGUCUGCCAGAUGGCGCGAAAGGUCAAGACCAUCUACGUGCUAUCUUCAACCGUAUGGGUUUCGACGAUCGCGAGAUUGUUGCUCUCUCCGGCGCUCACGCACUCGGGCGUUGCCAUACAGAUCGAUCCGGCUUCGAGGGUCCUUGGACUUUUAGCCCGACCGUUGUCACCAAUGACUACUAUCGUCUGUUGCUGGAUGAGAAAUGGAAUUACAGAAAGUGGAAUGGGCCAAAGCAAUUUCAGGAUGUUUCUUCGAAGAGUUUGAUGAUGCUGCCGACGGAUAUGGCCUUGGUCCAAGACCCGCUUUUCAAGACACACGUGCAGAGGUAUGCUAAAGAUAACGAUGUGUUCUUCAAGGAGUUCUCGGCUGUAAUUCUUAAGCUUCUCGAGCUCGGCGUGCCUUUCACCGAGGGUACGGGAGAGAGAAUGACACUGAAGUCAAGCCACGUUGAGUAG